AUGAACGACGUCGCUUACGGCAACCAUUUCGGCUAUAUCCCGAGGACAUUCGACACUAGGAAGAAGUGGAGACAUUGCAAAACGAUCGGAGAAGUUCGUGACCAAGGACACUGCGGAUCCUGCUGGGCAUUUGGAACCAGUUCAGCGUUCGUCGAUCGUUUGUGUAUAGCCACUGACUUAGAUUUCAACCAACUGUUGUCCGCCGAAGAGAUAACGUUUUGCUGUCACACGUGA